AUGGCGGGAAAAGAACUACAGCUCCCGUCGUGCCCCGCGGGGAGCGGCGAGAACAAGCUCUUGGCUGAUUGGCUUUCUUUUCCCGGCUCCCGCCAAUCAGAUGCGCCGCUGGGGGGGGGAACGUGCUCCCCGCGCUUGGUGUCUACUUUCUGCCACAAGACUUCGUCUUUGGAGCGGACGGAGGAGGAAGGUGACGAUGAUGAGGAAGAUGAUGAAUUGGACAUCUUUGGGGGUUAUGACAGCUUCCGAGGCUACAACAGCAGCAUGGGCAGCGACAGCAGCUCCUGUCUGGAUGAGUCUAGCGACGAUGAGGUGGCAGACCGGGAAGCUGGAGAGCUUCCGACCUCUCCUGUGCACCAGCCAUCCAUAGGCCGGCUCACAGAGGACAGCGGCUCUGAGCCAGCUGUGUGCGAGAUGUGUGGGAUUGUGGGCACCAGGGAGGCUUUCUUCUCCAAGACCAAACGUUUCUGCAGCGUCUCCUGCUCCAGAAGCUACUCCUCAAACUCCAAGAAGGCCAGCAUCCUGGCCAGACUGCAGGGGAAGCCACCAACGAAGAAAGCUAAAGUCCUGCACAAGGCAGCCUGGUCAGCCAAGAUCGGGGCCUUCCUCCAUUCACAGGGCACGGGGCAGCUGGCAGAUGGGACACUGACAGGCCAGGAUGCACUCGUCCUGGGCUUUGACUGGGGAAAGUACCUGCAGGAGCACGGCUUCAAGGCAGCUCCUGUCAGCUGUUUCAAACACGUGCCGCUCUUCGAUCAGUGGGAUGAUGUGGUGAAAGGUAUGAAAGUGGAAGUCCUGAACAGUGAUGCCGUGCUCCCCAGCCGCGUGUACUGGAUUGCAUCCGUCAUCCAGACUGUAGGGUACAGGGCCCUUCUGCGAUAUGAGGGCUUUGAGAAUGAUGCUGGCCAUGACUUCUGGUGCAAUUUGGGCACAGUGGAUAUUCAUCCCAUUGGCUGGUGUGCCAUCAACAGCAAAAUCCUGGUACCACCACAAACUAUCCAUGCCAAGUACACUGACUGGAGAAGUUAUCUCAUGAAAAAACUGGUGGGAGCCAGGACCAUCCCAGUGGAUUUCCACAUCAAGAUGGCGGAGAGCAUGAAGUACCCGUUCCGGCAGGGCAUGCGGGUGGAGGUGGUGGAUAAGAACCAUGUGUCCCGGACGCGCAUGGCAGUGGUGGACACAGUGAUCGGGGGCAGACUGAGGCUCCUCUAUGAGGAUGGCGACAGCGAUGAUGACUUCUGGUGCCACAUGUGGAGUCCCCUCAUCCAUCCUGUGGGCUGGUCACGGAGAGUGGGCCACAGCAUGAAGAAGACAGAAGAAAAACGCAGUGACAUGGCAAACCAUCCCACCUUCCGGAAGAUUUACUGUGAUGCUGUCCCCUAUCUGUUUAAGAAGGUACGAGCUGUCUACACUGAAGGUGGAUGGUUUGAGGAAGGCAUGAAACUGGAGGCCAUUGACCCCCUGAAUCUGGGCAACAUUUGUGUGGCCACUGUUUGCAAGGUCCUCUUGGACGGGUAUCUCAUGAUCAGCAUUGAUGGAGCCACGUCUGCUGGUGGCUCUGACUGGUUCUGCUAUCAUGCCUCCUCACACGCCAUCUUCCCUGUCAACUUCUGUCAGAAGAACAACAUCGAUCUGACCCCUCCAAAAGGGCAUGAUGCACAGACCUUCAACUGGGAAAGUUACCUGGAAAAGACUAAAUCAAGACCUGUUCCAGCACGGCUCUUCAACACAGACUGCCCAAACCAUGGCUUCAAGGCAGGCAUGAAGGUGGAAGCAGUGGACCUGAUGGAACCCCGGCUCAUCUGUGUGGCCACGGUGAAGCGUGUAGUCCACCGUCUCCUUAGCAUCCAUUUUGAUGGCUGGGACAAUGAGUAUGACCAGUGGGUGGACUGCGAGUCUCCCGACAUUUAUCCUGUGGGGUGGUGCGAGCUGACAGGCUACCAGCUUCAACCACCUGUUGUUCCAGAGCCCACAACUCCAGUGAAGGCCAAGGAGGUGCCCAAGAAGAAGAAGAAACCCUAUGGAAAGAAGAGAAAAAAGUUACCUGCCAAAACCCGCAACAUCAAGCAGACUGUCAAGAAGCCUUCUGCCCCGAAGACGAAACGAGAAGCAAAAGCUGCCAGCAAGGCUUUGCCAGAGCCAGCACCUGAUGAGAUCAUUGCCGUGCAGGUAAAGGAAGAAACCAUCGACCCUUCGGUAGCAGACUUUGGAGCCACAGAGCUUCCCGUUCCUGUCAGCAGCAUAAAGCAGGAGGUCGCAGACUGA